CAGUAAACCACCGAGCGGAAAGAUCCUUCCAGUUGGGGAGACACAGAAGAAAGCAUUCAACCACAGGAGUAUGGAGCUUGUGGAGACCAGCACUGAGAUGGCACUGCUCAGCAAUGUCCUAGCAGCAUACUCAUUUAUCACAGAAAAUCCUGAGCGUGCUGCUCUGUAUUUUGUUUCUGGCAUUUGUGUUGGACUCCUCUUGACCUUGCUGGCUUUAGUGCUCCGAAUCUCCUGUCAAACUGAUUGCAAACAAUCGGCAACAAAAAAGCCAUCACGGGACAGUGACAGCAGUGGUAGUGACAAUGACUCAGACACCCCAUCUGACCUGUCUGCACGACGGCAUCGCAGGUUUGAAAGGACUUUGAACAUGAACAUCUUUACCUCAGCUGAGGAGCUAGAGAGAGUUCAGAGACUGGAAGAAAGGGAGCGCGUCAUCCGGGAGAUAUGGAUGAAUGGGCAGCCAGACAUUCCGGGGACCAGGAGCCUAAAUCGUUACUACUGAUGGCUGGCAAAUACUGCC